AUGGCGGCGGCGGGCGGGGGGGGCUCCGCCGUGUCGGUGCUGGCCCCCAGCGGGCGGCGGGUCACGGUGCGGGUGGGGCCCGGCACGGCGCUGCUGCAGAUCCUCGAGGAGGUCUGCAGGAAGCAGGGCGCCAGCCCCGACGGGUUCGGCCUCAAGUUUCAGAGAAGUAUGUUGGAUCUCUCUCUGCAGUGGAGGUUUGCCAAGCUGCCCAACAAUGCCAAGCUGGAGAUGGUGCCAGUCUCUCAUAACAGAGUGGGAGUGGGAAACACGGUUCGGAUUGCAUUACACUUAGAUGAUGGCUCCCGUUUACAGGACACCUUUCUUUGUCAACAGACUUUGUGGGAGCUUCUCAACCAUUUUGCAAAGACCAGGGAGUUUAUGGAACAGCACGGUGAAUUCUCUCCGGUCUGUAUUUACAUGAGAGAUGAGAUACCAGGAAAAGAUGUCCUAAGGAAGACGACACUGAAGUCACUUGGCCUGACUGGGGGCAGUGCCAUCAUCAGGGUUGUCAUGAAGAGAUGCGGCUCAUCUGGUCAGGAGAAGGCUGUGGAUGCCAUGGCUCAAUGUAAUGAGCUGACAGUGAGGGCAGGCUACACCAAAGAAGCAGUGGAUGUACCCCUGACUCAAACACACACAUUCCCAGAGGACUUGGACCACAGUGGUGUGGCCUUGUCUUUACACAGCUGCAGAAACAAGCAAGAUUUCGUUAGAGAAUCCCAUGCCAGCUUGGAGGAUGUGUGGCCUCCCUCAGAGCAUGAGUCUGCCCCAUCCGUCCCUUUUUCCGGAGACGGACAAUGUCUUGGGGGCUCUACUGUGGCUUCAGCAUCUGCUGGAUUGCCAUCUUCAAAGCUGCCAAUAUCUUCCUCCAGCCCUGGAGGCCCUUCUAAGCCAAAGAAGUCUAAGAACAGCCAAGAAUUGCUAAAGGAGCAAGAGCAGCUUUUAGAACGAGAGCCGCUUGUAUGUCAUCUAGACCUACUAGAACCGCUUCCUGCUGGCCCGGAAGACCUCCCUGAUGAGUUUUUUGAAGUCACAGUGGAUGAUGUACGGAAACGCUUGGCACAGCUGCAGAGCGAGAGGAAACGCCUGGAAGAAGCUCCACUGAUGACAAAAUCUUUGAGGGAGGCUCAGCUGAAGGAAAAGUUAGAACGUUACCCAAAGGUGGUGCUGAGAGUACGUUUCCCAGACCGUCAUGUUCUACAAGGGUUCUUCCGUCCUAGUGAAACUGUUGGCGUUUUGAGAGAGUUUGUAAGAAGCCACCUUGCAGAUGCAGAUUUGCCAUUCUACCUGUUUAUUGCACCUCCCAGAAUCAUCUUGAAUGAUGAAAGUUUGACGCUCUUUGAGGCUAAACUCUUUCCAGCUGCUGUCAUUCAUUUUGGAUCUGAGGAGUACAGGGAUUGUUACCUGAAGUCGGACCUGCUGCACUCUGCAGUUUCCCCUUCUACAGCUGAUUUAUUAAUAGCCAGAUGUUUGUCCAAAGCAGUAGUUUCUUCUGCUUCAUCAUCUUUAGAAUCAACAGUUCCAUCCCUGGCUGAACCUGAAGGGGAAAGUGACAAAAAGACUGAUGAGCAACUGGAACGAGCAAGAGUACAUGAAGUUCCACAGCUGAUGAGUAGGGCCCCUGGGAAGAUACCCAAAUGGCUGAAGCUGCCAGGUGGGAAGAGAUGAAACAUUCUCAGCUGCUGGAUUAGUGUAGCAGUCAGCUGUGCUUCUUUCCUGAUGAAGUACUUCAGAAUUUGUAAGAAACUGCUGGUGGCCCUGGAGAGACCUAAUCUAUAUGAACAUGAGUUAUAAGUAGAAAAUUGUUAUUCAACCUGCCAAUUUCCCCUUUUGGAAGAGUGGAAGGCCUACCUUGUGGUCCUUCUGACUAUAGAAGCAGAGUCAGAGGUUAAAGUUAAGAUUGCUUGCAUGCAGAUAAUAUGAAUAGAAAACUGAAGAGAUAUUUCCUAGUUACUCUCCCUUAAGGACUUUGCUUCCUUCUAUAUUUUGAAAUUCAAAUCUUCCCAGUUCUGUCUUCAGAGAUAACCUGAGAUAGUCUAGCUGCCUGAAUUCUAGCAACAAGGUAACAAGUUGAUUCAGUUUUACCUGUAGUUAAGUGCUGCCUAGAACAAGAGUUCUCUUUGCUUUCUGCUGGUUGAGGUUAGUGCUCCUGUAAUUCUGGGCAUAGGUUGCUUGAAAGCGGGUGAAGAAGGCACAUACAGGUCAUUCAUAACAGCUUAAUUAGGCUUUUCCUGUGAACCUCUUGGUUUGCUGCACUUACCUGUUUUCAGUUGACAGAAUCUUGUUAACAAAAACACAAGUACCUGUUAACAGAAUGCGUGUGGAGUUUUUUAUGCCUCAAGCUUUUUUUUUUCUCCAUUACACAUAAUUAACAUCAUUAAUUACUGUUCUAAUGAGUAAAAAAACACCCAGUGAAAGGGUCUCUUUGUGUGACCUUCCAUCUUAACUGACUUCUGUGGUCUGAGUGUUUUCACAGCAGAGUAGCACUUUUCUGUAGUGCAAUUAGUGUAGGGAAGGGAGCACUAGUCUAGAUCUUUGCCUCUUGAGAUGUAUGGAGAUGAAUGUUAUUGUUUAGAACUGUCUGCCCUGGAGAUGAGCAGUAUAGUGCCACAGUGGCUAUGGUGCUGUAUUUUAUUUGAAGUCUCCUCCAUGAAUCAGUGAUUCAUGUUGGACAAUUAGGGUUCCAUGUUAGGGCAAUAAGACUUAGAAUUUGUUUUCUGUUCUCCCUUUGUAGACGCUUAUUCCCUAAACUAUGUAUGCACCUGCACAAUUUGCAGAUGUAAUAAAGCGGAGUGGCCAUAGAA